GUGAACUGAUAGUUCCUUCUUCGCCCUGACACCGAAAACCGUAACAACACGGAUUCUACCUAUUUGUGCCAGAAUCGUGGUUCUGGAAUUUUUAAGACUUUUUCUCUCUCUCGUUUUUAGCUUUUUUUUUUUGUUUGUUUUUUUUAGCUCCAGCUGCGUUCAUGGGAACCCAGGAGGGAGAGAGAAAUUGGGUUGAUGUGGCUAAUGAUAUACUCAACAAGUGUCACAUAAACCUGAGACUAAGGAAACUGACGGACUGUAACGCAGAUGUUUUCAUUUCUUUGAAUGAGAACAUCUUCGGGGAGAAGGUUCCAGAUUAUAUUGCAGCGCCAUGCAGUCAAGAGGAUGAUGUCCACAAUGUUCAGUCUGUGAUUGAUUCCCUGUCUUUGGAUUAUCUUCAGAUAAGCCUUUCACACAUUACAGGAGAAAAUGUUGUCAGAGGGGAUAAAGAAUUCUAUAAGAAUAUCCUGGAAAUCUUCGAUGGUCUCCUGGAAUAUCUCAACGAGGAGAUUGAGGAGUCACAUCUUUCUCAGUUUGCUGUUCCUCCCUCUGAAUCAACUGUGCUGUUCUUGUUUUCAGAGGAAUUUAGUGACACACUUAAUGAGGAUAACCCUACUGAAAUCAAGAGGCCAACUAUUAUUGAUGUCGUGGAGCAAAAGGGGACGUCCAUGUCAUCAAGUAUCUGCUGUCCAGUUCCAAUAACACAAUCCCUCCAGUCCUUGAAUGCAGAGGAGGAGGAAUCCGCUAGCGAGCUCAUUGGGCUGGGUGUGUCUGCCCGCACAUUUACAGACAGACAAGAAGGCAUCACUCCCUCAGGUCCUGUGGAUACCACAGAACCUCCACAGACUGAACAGAAACACUCAGCCAUCCCACUACAGCCACCCAACCAGUGCAACACCCCCAUUGGUCCCAAUGUGGACACACAAUCACCCAGCUGUCUUCCCACAGCUGCUGGUCUCAGUCAAGGGCUUGCAGAGGACACCACUCCUGUCACAACAAAGUCUUCUCAACUGGUAGCUGAGGUAGUCAUCAAUGGAAUACAGUCUCCUGCUCCCUGCCCUUCUCCUGUUGUGAGUGAGAAGUCUGUAUCCAGCCAGCAAAGAGGCAGGGCGGAAAUGGAGGGGGAAACAUUAGAGCCAACUAAUGGAGGUCCCAGGAGGGUCUUAUUCCGGACCCAGCCAGAUGUGCUCUUCCUCACCCUGCAAGAUGAGCUGAUAACCACCACCCCUUCCCCUUCUGACACUGAGGAAGAUGAGGAGGAGAUGAGUUGUACACAAAGAUUUAAGGACAGAACAGGUCACAGAGAUGGGAUGAGCCUUGGUAGCAGAACAGCCGAAGAGGUUUUUGAAGAGCCUUUGUCUUACCGCAGACAGAGGAACAAGCAAGCGGAAGAAGAGCUGCACCACAUAUCCGAGAAACUCUCCCAUCGACUGGAAGAACUUGAUAAGAUGCUUAAACGAGUUCUGGAGGAAAGUGGAGAAUCCAGUGAGGUUCGAGAAGAAGACAAGCAGUCCCACCACAGUGACAGCCUCAUGGAGCGUCGACAGACUCCCAGACAACAAACAGUUUCACGAACAGCUGAUCCUGAGCCCACCCAGCGGACACGGUCCUUAUCGCCCUCUCCUCCUCGCGGACGUUGCUCUUUGCGUGGCCAGUCAGAGGAGGCCAUGGCGGAGGCCUUGAGCCUGGAUGAUGGGAGGCAAACAAACCUGACGGUGUCUGAUCAUUCAAGACGAGAACUACGCCACAGACCAUCUCACAAAAGAAAUGGCAAGUAUCAGGAGAAUAAGGCCUAUGAAGAAGAACUGAGAAGAUUUGAAGAUAAAGAACAGACAGAACUACACAAGGCACGCCUCCAAGCUCAGAAAGCUGAACGGGAGUACAGAGAGGCUAUACUACAGGAUGUUUCUCAAGUGCCCAAACUGUCCCCAGCCAAAACAAAAGCUCAGCACAGGACACAUCAUAGCACACAAAUAGGAAGACAGAGACGCCUCGAGCUUCCCAGUAAAGCUCCCCCAAUGAAAGUAAAAGAAAAUGAUCUCCUCCCUGUGCUCCGAGAUGAGCUGCCCCACCUUCACAUCUCCCCUCAUGCCCUGGGUCGGAUGUGGGAGCAACAAAUGCAACAGGUGGACAGACUCCAUGCUCUGUCAUCUCACCGUCAGUGUCACAGUAAACUCUCCAGCCAGGUGGAGGAAGCCCAGAGGAAAUAUGACCUGCUGGUGGAGCUCAUCCGUAAAGAUCAUGAUCACAGCAAACGCUUGAGGGACUUUAAGGAUCGAAUCCAGCAGCAGAAGUCAGUACAGAACAGACUGAGGGAACAGAGGCAGCAGAUCGCACGGGCCAAGAAGUACCACAACGAUUACCAUGUCCAGCACCGUGCCCGUCUCAUGAGGGCUCGCACUAAAGAGGAGAGGAUGUUUCGUCAGCUAUUUGAGGAGGGCCUGGAGUUACAAAAGGCCCGGCUGAGAGAACAGAGAGCUUUCGCCAGAGAGCAGCGACUAGAACAUCAGAGACGACACCAGGAUCAAAUAGAGUCCAUGGAGAACUACUACAAAGAUCAAUUUUCACUACUAGCUGAAAAACUUGCACAGGAGCGGGAAGACAUCCAGGUUCGAAAAAAGGCACAAGAAAAGGCUCUGCUAAAGAUGAAGCGUGAGCUGCGUUCCCGGAUGGAGCGUGAGAUCGGCGAACUGCAGAGAAUCAUAAUCCAGAAUGAUGAAGAUGACCAUUUCCAGGAUCUAGAGGUCCAGAGGCUACGUAAUCGGGUCCAUAUGGCUUCGUUCCAGUACAGCACGAGCCAUCUGCACUGAUGAGGAAAACUGCACAUAUUGUUCUAACUACGGGCUGGUUUACAUCAAAGAGCUGCCACUGACUUCAGCUGUUCAUAAGCAACUGUACAAAUCUGAUGCAUGAACAGUACGUCUCCUCAGGCGUCUUGCUCCAGAGAUGUGCACAGGAAGAGGAAAUUAACUUUGUGCAAACUUACACAAAUCCUGAUUGCUGAAUAUUAAUGAACUGAACACACACUGACAAGAUGUAGCUUUUAGCUAAUUUAGCUAUUUCCUCCUCUUACCUCAGCUGCUACACCUGUACUGAAGACACCUUGGACCAAGUCCCAUUCUUGUGUUUAAGAGCUUGUUAAAUAAGAAUGUUUUAACUUCGUGACUGUGCAGUAACUGUGUGAUUUGUUUUUAAAUAGUAGAAAGAUAGUAAAUUGUUCCUUCUCUUGCCAAAUAAGGACCACAUAUGCAACGUUAAGUAUGAAUGUCACAUUGACAAGACUCACCUUUUGUCUUUUUACUCUUCCAUGAGAUGUCUUCCUGUAAUAUUUUAACUAUGCUAAUGAUUAUUUAUUUAAAUUUAUAAUUUUUUUAGUUAAGCUGUUGGGAUCUCUAAUCACCAAGGGCAACGAUAAUCAGUCCACCCUACCCUUCACUCUCAAUCAAACCCAAUGUUUAGGAACACCACCAUUUAAACACUACCUGCUGACAUUAUGUAACUAAUGAGCACACAUCUGUCUCUUAAAAACCCAUUAAAUGUGUGGACUCAUCUUU